AUGGACAAAUACGACGUGAUUAAGGCCGUUGGGGAAGGUGCCUUUGGGAAAGCUUACCUGGCCAAGGAGAAGGCAGAGGGCGUGCUCUGCGUUAUAAAAGAGAUCAGUUUUGCCAAGAUGCCCACCCAAGAAAAAGAAGCUUCAAAGAAAGAAGUGAUCCUCCUGGCAAAGAUGAAACAUCCAAACAUUGUGACCUUCUUCAGUUCCUUUCAAGAGAACAACAGUCUGUUCAUUGUGAUGGAGUAUUGUGAUGGAGGAGAUCUCAUGGAGAGGAUCAGUAAACAACGAGGAGUGUUGUUCAGUGAAGACCAGAUUCUGAGUUGGUUCGUACAGAUUUCUCUAGGACUAAAACAUAUUCAUGACAGGAAGAUCUUACACAGGGACAUCAAAGCCCAGAACAUAUUUCUUAGCAAGAGUGGAAGUGUUGUAAAGCUUGGGGACUUUGGUAUAGCAAGAGUCCUAAACAAUUCCAUGGAACUUGCUAGAACAUGUGUUGGAACACCUUACUACCUGUCCCCAGAGAUAUGUCAGAAUAAACCCUACAACAACAAAACGGACAUUUGGUCUCUUGGCUGUGUCUUGUAUGAACUCUGCACGCUCAGACAUCCUUUUGAGGGUAGCAACUUACACCAACUGGUUCUGAAGAUUUGUCGAGCACACUUCACCCCCAUAUCUCCAAAGUUUUCCCCUGACCUGCGGGCCUUGAUAUCUCAGCUUUUCAGAGUCUCUGCUAGAGACCGACCAUCUAUCAACUCCAUCUUGAAAAGACCCUUUUUAGAGAAACUUAUUGCCAAACACUUGACUCCUGAGGCCAUUCAGGAAGAAUUCAAGCACAGUCUCAAAAACGGAUCAAAACCAUCAGUUUCUCGACCUGCUGGGAAGGCAGUUCAUGAUCCUAAGAUACAGAAAGUAAGAUUCCAGGGACUGUGCUUGCCGAGAGCAAGGGUGUCAGUGCCCACUGGGAAGGCUGUGUUACCCAGAGGCCGAUGGGGACCCCCAGCUGCACCCGAGAAGCCCCUGCCUAUAAAGGUGGUGGAGAGGCCCCGACUGGCUGCCGUGGACCGACGCUACGCCUGCUACUAUGCUCAGCUGGAGAUGCUGAGGAGAGCCCGCGCGCCCCAGGGCUGUUCCCAGGCGCCCCUCAGAGAUGCUGCAGGGGAGGGUCCCCAUGCGUCCCCAGAGCCGUGCGCCGCGUACCUGCAGAGGAGACGUGAAGCGCAGCAGUACAAGCUGGAAGCCGAAAAGCAGCUGGGUCUUCGUCCAUCUUCUGCUGAGUGCAGACACCGCUGGGGACCAGAGCCCAGAGGUGCUGGAGAAGAGCCUCGGGCCCAGGAGCCGCAGCCCAGGACAAAGGAAGUGAAGGAACAGGAAUAUUGGAAGCAAUUAGAAGAAAUCCGCCAACAGUACCACAGUGACAUGAGGGAAAUUAGAAAGAGGAUGGGCAGUGGACUGGAGGAGGACUCAAGAGUAACUCACAGAACCUAUUUGGUGAAGAAGGGAAACCCGCCCGUCAGCCCAGAGGCCGGCAAGGAAGAAGGCCCCGCACAGAAUAUUGAAAGAAACCUGAAGCAAAUUAUAAUGCAGAAUGUAAAAGAAAGCAAAAAUCUACAGCAGAAACAUAUGGAUAAGAAAGGGGUAAAGUUUGAAAUUAAUCUAGACAGCUGUGUUUUGGAUGAAAACACACUCCAAGAGUCAGAGACAGUGGAUAUCCUGAACACAACCUUGGCUUUUGGGGAUGGCGCGGAGCUUCAGGGCUGCCCGCGUGUGGAGGAGCAGGAAGACGACGCAGACACAGCUGCCCCCCAGCCCUGCUGUCCAGACACCGAGCCGGUUACUCAGGGCGCCGCGGCAGGAGAGAGGAGGCGGCGAUGGGCGACCCGAGCCCCCCAGACACUGCUGCAGAUGAUGGCAGCCGCUGACGUCACCUCCACGUGCUCUGCCGUGCCCCAGGAUGGCCAAGUGCUAGUGAUGGGGGACACCCCAGAGCACCGGAAGCUGUGGCGGCAGGAAGCACCAGGAACCUUGAUGAGUGCUUUGGCAGCUGCGCACCUAAGGAGUGACUCGUUUUCAGCCAAUGAAGGAGAAUGUGUGGGUACACUAAAGCAGUGGCUUCCAAAAGAAGAUGAAGGAGAGGCGGAAAUGGCUCUGAGCAUUGAGGUUGAUGAAGUACAAUUAGAACAAAGAUCAGAUGAUGAAGAUACAAAUUUUGAAGAAUCAGAAGAUGAGUUGAGAAAUGAAGUAGUUGAAUCUCUCGAAAAACUCACUACUUCCAAAGAGGAGGAAGAAAGAGAAGAGGCUUCCGGUUCCUCUGAGGAUGUGGGACAGUUAGGAGGAAGAGAGAGACUAAGCACUCAGGAACCUGCAGAAAUGAGCAAAGCUUUGAAGAUUAUUUCUGCCUCCUCUAAUGACAUGGUUUGUGCUGUUGAUGAAAACCAAGAAACAGCAACCACCAGUGAAAACAUAUAAGUGUGAUUCCUGCAUUUUCCUAUAAGUAGUAAAUGAGCCUCUCUCAUGCUGUAGUAUCUCUUUGGAUAUAAGACAUGAAUGUUAAUUCAUUGAAUGGGUUUUCCCAGGGGUGUGUUUAAACUUAGACAACUGAGCAAAAUGUUGAAGAUGAAAAUUAGUAUUUUGGGUGAGAGCUAGGACAGUGGGUGGGACACUUGCCUUUUACAUGGCAGACCCAGGUUGGAUCCCCAGUACCGUAUGGUCUCAUGAGCCUUGCCAGGAGUGAUCCCUGAGCACAGCCAGGUGAAGCCCAACCUCCCCCCCACCAUUAAUAUUUUUCACUGUCACUGUCGUCCCAUUGUUCAUCAAUUUGCUCAAGUGGGCACCAGUAAUGUCUCCAUUGUGAGACUUGUUGCUACUGUUUUUGGCAUAUCGAAUACGCCGCAUGGAGCUUGCCAGACUCUGUCGUGCAGGCGGGAUAUUCUCAGUAGCUUGCCCGGCUCUCCGAGAGGAACGAAGGAAUCGAACCCUGGUCGGCCGCGUGCAAGGUAAACACCCUGCCCGCUGUGCUAUUUUCACUUUACAAUUUCUCUAAGAAAUUCUCCAGAAACAUAAGCGGUCAGCAGAGUCCUGGACCUCCUCUCCCGCACACCCUGAGAUGGGUGUCUCAUGGCAGAGGGGUUUAAAGCUACUAGCGACAGUAGGAGUAGGGAGGCUUCCUGGACUAUCCAGAUGGAGUCAGUAUCACACAAGAGUCCCUAAAAGCACAAGAAGAGGUGGCGGUGGCAUGAGCAGAACAGAGAAGCAGAGGAAUGGUGGCAUGAGGGAGACACCACUGCCGCCGUGUUGGACAGGGUCAAGCAGAUUGGACACUGGGGCUCAGAAGCUGGGAGGGGCAAGGACCAGAUUUCCCCAAGCCUAAAGGGGCAAGCGCUGCCGACUGAUUUCAGUGUAAUGAAGUCCACAGUGAAGUCACCGAACUUUAAGGUAUUAAAUUUGUGAGAUAGAAAACAAAAACUAGUAUUUAAAUUUUUAAUAUAUGACUACCAUUUAAAAUAGUGAUUCUCAAAAAAAAAUAAAAUAGUGAUUCUCAAUGUUCCAUUUAUCACUGAAACUCAAUCGUAAACAACUUUGUAACUAAUAUCUCAUGGUGAUUUAAUAAUAAAAAUUUUAAAAAAUAAACUAAAAAAUUAAAAAAAUAAAAGUGAUUCUGUCAUUUUCUAAAUCUGGUAAACUAAAUGUUGUAACUAAUUUCUAAAUCUCUUGUAACUUCUUAAAUUUUGUACACCUUUUUGAAACUGAUAUUGAUAUGAAUAACAUAUGAACAAGGAAA